UAUACUGGACCUGGGGCUGUUGUUAUUUAUUUCCAAAAUAAAUAUUUGUAAAAUCCAACUAGUAUCUCAGCCGGUAAUUAAGAGCUCUGAAAUAAAAAUGUAUGAAUGCUAAUGACCUAAACGUUGUCUAAAGAUAAUGCAACAAUGCUUUCGUGUUUCCACACACAUUUGACCAGAUUUUAUAAUUUUAAACCAUAUAAAAGUAAGAAAAGUAUAAAGUAUUGUUGACGUCAUCAAUUCGCGUGGAGAUUUGAGCCCGAAGCUGGAAUCGUCGUCGACUCAACAAUAAAAUAGUAAGAUUCCAUUUAUUUUAUUUAUUUUUGUACCUUUUCCUAAUAUAAAAUUGGUAUAAUUAAAAUAAUAUGAUAGAUUCUUCCACUCUGCAAGGAACCUAAUUGGCUGACGGUUGACAAAUAUAUUAACUAUUGGCUGACGUAGUAGGAAUUGCCUCUUGGAACAACACAAAAAUCAAAUUUCAUUUAUUAUAAAUAUUUUAAUAAAUAAUCUUUUAUAUAGUGUGGUCCGUCGCGUCACAACAAGAAUUGAUAUAACGCAAGGGUCCGUACUACAAUAUAAAUCAAUUGAUAUAAAUUAAAAAAUUGUCAAUAGCACAUCUAACAUUUUCCUCCCACUAAUCAAUUACAUGUUCGCUUAUUUCAAACGAAAAAUUACAUUUAUUUUCAUCUUUUUUUUGCUAAAAUGUAAAUAUCAUUUCAAGAAAAUGUAAGUUGAAGUUUAUAAAUUGUGAAAACGAGAUCAUUAGAAUUAUGUUCAGUUAUUUUCAUAUUUUAAUAUUUUUGAUUUAAGUUAUUGUAAUGUUCAAACAAACAUCAUUAGAGAUUGUAUGAACGAAGACGCGCAUGAAAACUAUUUAUAUUUUAUUUUGUGUGUAUUGUAUGGAUAGAAACAUGCCAAUUUAACAUAUAGAUCUAGACAUGUAUUAAGAGAUAAGAUCAUAUAUUUAUAUUGUGAUAAAGGAGUAUGUUCUUAUCUCCUAAUCCUUUUAUCACAUGAUCUUGUUUCUUGAUAACAUGUAGAUCCUUAAAAAAUUUAGAAGCUUUAUGCCUCAAGUGCUUCGCAUUUGGAUAGUGGAAUCUUAUUCAAAAUUUUAAUAAUGGUAGGUUUCAUGAUGCCAACUAAAUCUUAUAUUGUACUCCAUAUUUUUGGCAUGAUAAAAUAUUGUUUUUUCUGUCUCAUUAAAACAUAAUCGAGCACAUGAAAUGACAAAUAAAGUUGAAACAUCAACCAAAACUUGGAUUAAUUAUAUAGUAUUAGACAAAAAAACGAAACUUGAGUUUUUGUAAAUUUUAUGAUCUCGUCAUAAAUUAUGGAGUGGAAUCAGUUUUAUUUUAUAUAAGAAAUUCAGAAGUGACUUGUCGCAGCAUCACUACCACUCGAAUCAACAGAAAUUCAGAAGUGCUUUGUCCCUCAAAACGGCGUCGUUCUCAUAGAAAAAGCGUUUUAGUAAUUUCCCAAAAUAGGGCAGUAUCUCAUCCAAUCAGAACCGUAACCACGGACACAGAUAGAGGGUAUUUUGGGCAAUUCGUCGGGAUUUCGUCUCGAUCUCUCGGUUUAUAAACGAGAAGGACAUGAACCGCUCAUAAUAAUAUCUCCUCUCUUUCUCUUGUAGCCUCGAUAAUAUUACAACACAUGUGUUCAGUCUUUGUCUUUUUCUUUUUUCUUCUUCCCUAAAUAUUAUUGAGACGAGGAGAUUCUUUUUAGUUUCCAAGGUUUUUUUUCUGCUCAAGGAAUCUAUCUCCCUGUCUAUAGAUCCAUCAGAAAGGUUCUUGCUCUUGCUCAUUCUUGAAGAUGGACAGGGCAGACACAAGUGGAUUUAUCAGUGACAAUCUCAAAGAUACUGCUCUCACCUUGAAAUGCCUUGGAAGCAGCUCAGGGAGAUUAAUGGGGAGCUCUCACCACCACCAUAACCUUUGUUCAGAUGUAACUACUUGUCCUGAUGGUGGUUGCCGGUUGGUUCUAGGUUUAGGUCCAACACCUCCCUCGUACUAUUACAAUGUCAGUGUUAAUAACAACAACAAAGUCUCAGCUUCCUGUGGAACGGUUCAGGAGCUCUCAUCAGGGGGUAACUCAAUCUUGCAACUCGGUCCUCCUUCUGUGACCAUGGACAGUUUCAGCGGGCUUGAUUGUUCCUCACUGACAUAUACAUACACUAAUGCUUAUAAUUCACAGCUGAGCCAUCAUGAGUCAGAGUUCUCUGUAGGUACUUCUUUCUCUUACAAGACAGCAUCUACCACAUCUUCUCAGCACAGAACAACCAAUCCAAAGAAGUGCAGAUUCAUGGGAUGUGCCAAAGGAGCUAGAGGAGCAUCUGGACUCUGCAUUGGCCAUGGAGGUGGGCAGAGAUGUCAAAAACCAGGCUGCAACAAAGGUGCUGAGAGCAAAACCACUUUCUGCAAAGCACAUGGUGGAGGAAAGAGAUGCCAACACUUGGGAUGCACAAAAAGCGCUGAAGGGAAAACAGAUUUUUGCAUAUCUCAUGGAGGUGGAAGAAGGUGUGGGUUCCCUGAAGGAUGUGGUAAAGCUGCACGUGGCAAAUCAGGACUCUGCAUCAAGCACGGUGGUGGCAAAAGGUGUAGGGUUGAAGGAUGUAAGCGAAGUGCUGAGGGACAAGCUGGUCUUUGUAUAUCACAUGGUGGUGGGAGGCGUUGUCAGUCUUUAGACUGUACAAAAGGAGCUCAAGGGAGUACUAACUACUGCAAAGGUCAUGGUGGUGGGAAACGUUGUAUAUUUGGUGGAUGUGCUAAAGGAGCUGAAGGUAGUACUCCUCUGUGUAAAGCACACGGUGGAGGGAAACGUUGUAUGUUUGAUGGAGGUGGGAUAUGUUCUAAAAGUGUGCAUGGUGGGACGAGUUUCUGUGUAGCUCAUGGUGGGGGGAAGAGAUGUGUGGUGGUGGGGUGUACUAAGAGCGCUCGUGGGAGGACUGAUUGUUGUGUGAAGCAUGGUGGUGGGAAACGGUGUAAGUGUUUAGGGUGUGAGAAGAGUGCACAAGGUAGAACUGAGUUGUGCAAGGCUCAUGGUGGAGGUAAACGCUGCUCGUGGGGAGGAGGUUUGGUAUGUGAGAAGUUUGCUAGAGGGAAGAGUGGUUUAUGCGCUGCGCAUAAUAGUAUGGCUCAGGACAAAGCUGGAAGCAAGAUUGGUUUGAUUGGACCGGGACUUUUUAGUGGUCUUGUCUCUACCACCACUGAUUAUUCUCUGUCUGGAGUCAGUGCGGUCUCUGAUUGCACUGACUCCAUUGACCGCUAUCCGCAGCAGCAUCUUGAGAAAAGACAGAAGGUGAUGAUACCAAUGCAGGUUCUUGUGCCUCCAUCUAUGAAAUCUUUAAGGUUUUCAAACACUGAGAGACCUGAAACAGACAAUAAGAGUAGCAACAGCAAUGGGAGGAACAUGUUGGACUUAAUGAUUCAUGAGGAGAGAGUUCAUGGUGGUGGGCUUAUGUCUCUGCUUAAUGGCAGCCUGAAGCAGACACUAAAAAGGUAGAAUCUAUGUAAAGCUUAUGUAAUAUGUAUAGUGUUGUGGGUUUUUUUUUUGUUUCCUUUUUCUCUUUGGUCCUUUGUAUAUUCAUGGGUCUCUCUGUUUUGUAUUGUUUUAUCUUGAGUCUUGACCAUCUAGUCGAUGGCUCGAACCCAAGUCUUUGUUUUUUUUAUUAUUGAUUUGGAAUGUUGCAAUGUAGUAGAAGUGUUCUCGUUGUUUUGUUA